AUGGUCUCCGAGUUCUUGCUCUUGGGAUUCUCAGAGGACCCCAAACAGCAGCAGCUGCUUUUCGUCAUUUCCAUGAGCAUGUACUUGGUGACUGGGCUGAGAAACCUGCUCAUCAUUCUGGCCAUCGGCACAGAUGCCUGGCACCACAAGCCCAUGUACUUCUUCCUGGCCAACCUGACCUUUGUGGACAUUUGUUUCACCUCCACCACCGUCCCCAAGAUGCUGGCCAAUCACGUGUCAGGAUGCAGAGGGAUCCCUUACGUGGGCUGCUUGACUCAGACAUUUUUCUUUAUCUGGUUCACAGGUAUCAACAGCUUGCUGCUGACUGCCAUGGCCUAUGACUGCGAUGUGGCCAUCUGUCACCUACAUUACACAACAUCUGUGACGCCAUGGCUCUGUGGCCUCCUGGUGGCUUCCUCCUGGACCACCGCCUUCUGGAACGCCCUGAUCCACAUUAUCUUCCUGACCCACCUUUCAUUCUGCACCUACAACCAGGUCCCCCAUUUCUUCUGCGAACUCAGCCUUCUGCUGAAGCUGGCCUGCUUGGACACGUUUAUCAACAACAUGAUGGUGUACACUAGAAAUGUCAUGGUGAACACCGUGGGUGCUCUGACCGUCAUCACCCCCUUCGUGGGCAUCUUGGUGUCCUACACGCGCAUCGUCGCUGCGGUGUUGAGGAUCCCGACCACCGGAGGGAGGCGGAAGGCUUUCUCCACCUGCGGCUCUCACCUGUCCGUGGUGACCUUGUUCUACGGGACGCUCAUCGGGGUUUAUUUCAACCCCAUGUCCUCCCACACAGCCCAGAAGGACACGGCGGCCGCAGUGAUGUACACCGUGGUCACCCCCAUGCUGAACCCCUUCAUCUACAGUCUGAGGAAUAAAGACAUAAAGAGGGCUCUGAGACAAUUCUUCUGA